AUGCGCUCAACCCCAGUCGACUUGUUGCAAGGACAGAUGCCUAUUGUACCCGGAAGAAAACGCAACAGACGAAACUGUUGUCAGCACCGGUGCGCUUUGCCUUGUUUGUCCAUGGGUGUGGCCCUGUGCACCGAUUUGUACGCAUAUCACGGUCGAUUUUGGUCUGAUCUCAGUGAUCCGUUUCGACGGCGUAACCGAGGCGAUCUGCCAUUGAUUUGUGAUGUUAAUCAAGCCUCACUGGGCACAAUUCGUCUAAUGGUCGCAGUCUACACUAGCCUAUUCGGAUUCAUUGCCGUCCUGUCCAACGCGGGCUGGCUUGUUCUGCGUGUGCGACGCUCGUUGGAAGAAGUGUUCAACUUCUUUGUCUCGUUCUACUUUAUAUUCAAAGCAUUGAAAAUACUAUUCCAGGUGCGCAAUCUGUUCGGCUACUUCAAUGUGCCCAUCGGCUUGUUUUGUGCCGUGUUGGUGAAUCGAUUCCUGUUCGCAGAGCUCAAUGCCUACACGGUGCAGAUGCCACUUACUGAAUCCUUAGGUGUGUCCCAUCUAAUUGCUCCGCCGAUCACAGUAGCCAAAUCGGAGCGCCGACUACGGAAACCAUGUCUUUUCAGUCUCGAUUUGUUUGUCGCUGCUUGUAUCAUGCCCUUGGUCUCUGGGUUGCUUGGUUGGCCAUUUCUAUCCCCGGCCACGGUCCGAUCGAACACCCACGUGAUUGCACUGACCAAGUGGAAUACAAAAACACCACCUGGUGUACCGCAUCGAAUUAUUGGCUGUGUGGAACAACGAGUCACUGGUUUCACAAUCGGUCUGCUGGUUGCCUUGUCGGUAACACUCGAAGCUCGACUUUUUGCUUUGGUCCCCAUGGGAGCUCUUUACGGAAUGUUUUUGUACAUGGGUAUAAUGGGUCUACGGGAUCUUGUCCUGAUUCGACGCCUGUGCGUGUUACUCAAACGACGCAAGCAUUGGAAAGAUCGGGAAUAUCUGCGCCACUUACCACCCUCAGUGAUGGCUGUGUUCGUAACCACUCAAUUUAUGUUCAUCGGUUGGCUAUUAGCUAUGAACUGGGUCACGGAGUUCGCGCGUGUGGGAGCCACAUCACUUGUUUUCCCGUUUAUUCUGCUCAUCUAUGCGAUCACACGAGAAUGUCUCCUACCUCGUUUCACUCUGCUCCGUCCACAUUUGGAACAAGUGAGUUUGAAUGCGAAUGCGAACCGAUGA